AUGAAAAUAAUUGACCUGUCAAGUGGUGAAGCCCUGCCGAUGACUGAGCCGGGAGAAGUGUGCUUUAGAGGCCCCAAUUGCUUUGCCGGCUACCUGAACAAUGACGAAGCCACCGGAGAGACAAUCGACAGCGACGGAUGGUAUCACAGUGGCGAUGUUGGUUUCUACGACCAGGCGGGCAACCUCUACAUAACGGACCGCAUAAAGGAGCUCUGCAAGUACAAGCACUGGACAGUGGCGCCCGCUGAAGUGGAGAGCUUCCUCCAGACGCACCCUGCCAUUGCUGGGGUCUGCGUGGUAGGCGUCAAGCACCGCUCCGAAGGACAGCACUUGCGAGCCUACGUGCAGCUCGCCGAGAAUAAAAGUGCAACCGAAGAGGAAAUCGUUCAAUACGUGAAAGAUAACAUGGGCUAUCAGAACCGCCUCAAUGGUGGCGUUCGCUUUGUUGAUGAAAUUCCUCGCUUGCCAAUGGGAAAGGUCAACCGCGUUGCGUUUAAACUUGAAGUAAAAGAUGAAAUUUUAGUCAAAGAAGCAGAAAAGUAA